AUGCCGACGGAAAGAUGGCUGUUUGAGUACCCGAGAUGUUUGGAUGGAACUUGUGGCCAAAAAGGAAAAGAUUUGGUUGAAUUCGAGCAGCGAGGAUGUGUCAACAAAAACGGUGUUCCUCUGAUGAAGGACAGUGGAUCUCUCAGCUACCCUCUACUUGACAAGGACGGCAAUCGAUCGAACUACCAGAGACGAGACAGUUGCAUCUGGCAAAUCACCGCAGCAACUCCAGGAAAAUGGCUCAAACUAAGAGUUACCUACUUGGACGUAGAAUACGACGCUCACUGUGGUCUCGAUCGCGUUCACAUUUUCAAAGGUGGAAUUCCAACAGGGGGAUUCACGGCACAACUCGUCAAGAAAAAUCCGACAAUGAGAGUGGGACGACUCUGUGGCGGCCGAAACCCAGACAAAAAUCGGGGAAAUGGUCCGAUGCGACACUGGAGAUCAUUUCACGACGCUUCGACAACACUGACUAAGUUCUACAGAAAAGGGCAAUGUCCGACAGAGAAAAAGAAGCGAAAAGGUAAGGUUGUAAAUGUUGAGAAAAAGUGCCUGCAAAAUGGAUUCGACAACUGGAUUGACCUGCAGACGAACUCGGUGACAAUCGCUUUCGACGCUGAUCAGAAGGAAGAGUACACAGGCUUUACCGUUGAAUGGACGACCGAAGACGCUCCUCACCCUCCACCACCACUCCCCACCGCCGAUAUCCCACUCAUCGAAGCUGAUAAAGUCCUUCUCAAGAAAAUUGCUGGCAACGCUCGUGGAAGUAGCUGGGGUCUCCUGAAACAAGUCAAAAUCGAAACCUCCUCUGGUACUAACCCCAAUGAAAUGCGUCAAAUUCGUCAACGGGCUUACAACUUGUGGCGGGAUCAUUCGAAUAGACGGGAGGAUAUUUUCAAAAAUUUGAAGCACGAAAAUUGUCUCCGAGAUUCGAAAACAGACAUGAUGCCAAAGUUCCUCGCAGACCAACUGCACGGAGAACUCAAUCGACCUUUCCAUCAAGAACAGCUCAAAAACACCCUCAAAAUCUACCAAAAAGUUCUUUACUGGAAGACAGAAUACUGCGCCAAAUAUCAAGACAACAAAUACGGCCUUUACAACCAGAUUGAGCGACUUAUUGGAACGAUAUACAAUUACGAAGAGAAGUAUCAACGAAAAGUCGACUACGAGGAGUUCUCAGCCUGGUUCAAGCAAAAAUGGGAUGAAGAAAAACAGCAACUCCAAGAAGCUUGA